AGACUCAUAGGAUUGAUUGAUGAUGCCGGAGUUGAAACUACUUAAAAAGAUGCACACACAUUGUUACCUUCACUUUUUUAAAUUUAAACCAGUGGAUUCUUUUGUUACAGUGUGAUUAAAAAGUUUGUACUGCAUAAUUUAAAAUUUGACCAGAAUUAAAGGAACUUUCAUGUUACCUGAUUUCACACCUCAAGCUAAUUUCAAAAGUCUGCUAAUUGAUUUUCACCUUGAAUACAAAUGAAUGGAAGUCAAUGGCUGACUUGACUGGGAGGGUAAAUACAUAUACCAGUUAAAAUAGCUUAAGUUUGAACCUAAAUUGUGUGACCGUGCAGUUAUAAUGUAACGUAAAUGGCUUUACAGGGAGAAAAAUGAACAAUACAGAAAGAAAACAACAAACCAAGAAUUUUCUGAAGGUUUUACUUCAACUGUUUUGUACUGCGCCAGCCAUUGACUUCCAUUACUUUUCUGUACAGUAUGACAAUCAAAUAGCAGACUUUUGAAAGUUGCUUAAGGUGGGGAAUCAAUCAUAGUAAAUAUCAAAUCUGAAAAAAUGGAAUGGCUGGAAAUCAAUGGCUGCAUAGAAUAUCAAAAGAAAAUCAAAAUCUUCAACACAAUUGUAUGGUUUGCAAAAUGUUCUGCUGUGAUGUAAAGUACUGUAGAUGUGAACAUGGUCCUCUUGACUGGAAGUUAUCGGUCUGUACUAAUUCUUCCAGAACUUUAAAGACUGUGACGAUGACAGUCUGCUCUCCCUGUGUGGUUUCAUUAUUCCUGUCAGCUGAAAGAAUCAUUUAAAGGUCAGGGAGUUUCUACAUCUGAUCCUUUCAACCAAAGCUUCCCCCGACUUUCUAAGACUUUUCUAUAGGCACGCGUCCCUGAGGGUGGGGAGAGGGGUGCGGGCCUGUUGUAGCCAUUGUACCCCAAGGAGCCAAUGAGAGAGUGAGCGUGUGCCGGGUCAGCGGUAUAAAUAGUGUCAGACUCUUGGAGGCAGCACAAACACUCUUCUUUGGACUUUCUGAUCACAUCAGCCAAACUGUAAGCUAAAGCAUCACCAUGCAGUCUCCUGGAAAAUCUCUGAAGGAAGCUCUGCUCUGUGCUCAGGGUGAAGAUCGACUCACUGUUGGAGUCUAUGAGAGCGCUAAAAUCAUGACUGAUGACCCGGACAGUGUGUCCUUCUGCGUCCUGGCCAUGGAUGAGGAGUUUGAGUGUGACAUCGCUCUGCAGAUCCACUUCACCCUCAUCCAGUCCUUCUGCUUCGACAACGACAUCAGCAUCGUCAGAGUGAGCGACAUGCAGCGUCUGGCUGAGAUUGUUGGUGACAAGGCGGAGCAGCUUGAAGAUGCCCACUGUGUCCUCAUCACGAACCCAGCUGAUGGGUCUUGGGAGNGCCGUGCUGCCUGGACGGGAAUCCUCCUCAGGAGUGUCCAGGGAUGA